GGAACUUCUUUUAUUUUCCAUCUCUCAGCAUUUUGUUUGUUCCUUUGAAUAUCAUUCUACAAGUUUAGACAUCCCACAGUUGAUGUUUUAUUUUAACAUUCAUUUCCCUGUCUUUUAGCUCUUGGAACCAUCCUUUGAUUAUGCAAAAUUUCUGUCUUCUUGAGGUUGAUGUCAAUGGACAAGAAAUAUUCUUGGUGGACAAGACUAUUCUUGCAUCUUUCUCGGGGAGAUUAAGAAAACUAUUUAGUAAGUUGACAGGGAAAACAAGAAGGCUGAAGUUAAUUUUCGACAAAUUUCCAGGAGGUGCUGACUGUUUUGAACACAUUGUUAAGUUUUGCUAUAAUGGUGGUAGGAUAAAGAUAACUCCUUUUAACAUGUUUCAACUGCAUUGUGCUGCCAAUUACCUUGAAAUGAAUCAAGAAAUGCAGGGGAGACCAAGUUUGGUUGAGCAAACUAUUUCUUUUUUCGAAAAGAUUCAUUACAUGACAUGGUCUGAGCUGAUUAUUGGCUUGAAAAAUUGCCAAGAAUUGAUCUUUUUCAUGCCAUCUUCAUCUUUAUUACAAGAGUUCUUGGAUUGUGUGGUAGGAAGGCUUGAACUUCAUUACAUUUCUAGUCCAUGUGCAUCUUCUACCGACAAUUCGUCCAUGCAGUUUUCAGGGGACAUUAGUACAGAAAGCAGGGGAAUUUACACUUGUCAAGCAACCUGGUGGUUUGCAGAUCUUGGAUUCUUGAAACUCAAUAUGUUCAAGAUGAUUAUAGACACAAUGACUUCUAAGAAAUUGGAUCAUCGUGUGAUAUCUUCAUUCCUGUUUUAUUACAAAAGAAUGAACUGUCCAAAUGCUUCAUCAGUUAAGAAAUGCAGAAUCAUUGAGACUGUAAUCAAAUUCCUUUAUUCUCUUGAUAGCAACUUCAUAUCUAUCAGGGGUCUAUUCGACAUUCUACAGGCGUCUUUUACCUUGAAAAUGAGCAAAUGUUCAAUAGGGAAAUUAGAACAUCUAAUUGGCUCCCAGCUAGAUAAAGCUAAACUGGAUGAUUUGCUUGUUCCUUCUCCAGCUGGUGAAAAAAUUGCUUACAAUAACAAUCUAAUUCUGAGGCUGCUGGACACAUUCCUCUCCAUUAGCCGCGAAAAAUUAUUAAUGUAUCAAGUGAAGAAAGUUGUUGAGUUAAUUGAUCUUUAUAUCAUAGAAGUGGCCCCUGAUCCUCGUCUUAAACCUUCAAAGUUCUUGGCAUUGGCCAUGGCUAUGCCGGAUAUUGCAAGAGAAUCAUAUGACAACAUUUAUAUUGCCAUAGAUAUGUACCUCAAGGUACAUAUUAAUGUUUUAUGUGAAGAAGAAAAGAUAAAGAUAUGUUGCGUGCUCAACUAUGAGAAGCUCUCUGAAGAAACUCAGAAGGAAAUAGCUCAAAAUGAAAACUUUCCAGCUUGUGCAUUAGUCACUAUGCAGAACAGGCUCAGAUAUUCAGUCACAAGGACUUCAAUUUUUUCUUAA